AUGGUGGUUUGUAAGAGACAAGAGACGACAGACCUGAGACCUACACUCACUUGCGGCUACCUCCAGAUCUCCGCCUUGAAGUAUCGAGACCAGCUCAGACGAGCAAGCAUCUUCAAGCCAGUCAUGCAUUACCACAUCCAAGAUCCGCCUGCCCAGGAGCGAAACUCGAGGAGGAGGGAUACGGGAUUUCCCGAGCCCCUGUCCGAAGACCGGAACACGACGCUCCCUCACCCCGACGCGGAUACCUCCCCAAAUGCUACCAUCGAAUCUACCGAUGUCAUCCACAAACAUACACACAUACCGCGGUCCUUCCUCCACCACGGCGGACACCGUUCGCAAAGUUCCGCCUUCACUCGUAAGAACACUUCGGGAUCGGGCCUGAACAAUGCCAUGGAAUAUGCAGAGGGCAACCCAGAGGGGAAGGGCACCAAAAACAUGGAGAGAUGCGCGGAGAAAGGGGCUGAACUCGCUACGCUGACCUCCUCCGAUGCUUCUUCGUCACUGGACGGUAGUUCUGAGAAGCACGACUCGAGCCGGAAGAGAAGAAUUUUCAAGAAGAUGGGGGUCUCUUAA